AUGGUAAUAACUCUUGGGGCUACAAUCAUGAUUGUAUCGAAAAUAGAUAAAGACAAAACUUAUAUAGUGCAAGUUCGCGUAACCCCUCCAUCACUACACAAAUCGCGAUUUGCGACCGCUCUGUGCAGUAUAAGCAAGCUUUGUCUCACAAAAGGUAUGUCACGAGCGUUGUUAGUGUUUCUCGUCAUCGCUCUCGUUCAGCUCUCGUAUCUGGUAUUUGCUGCACCGUCGCAUUCAAUGACCAGGAUACAGGAAGUUUUCCGUUCCCUGAUUCCACGCGAGAGCGAACGUGGCAAGAAAUACUAUGAAGAACCGCUAUGGGGAAGAAUGAUGAACGACGUUUGGUAAACGUAUAUGUUCGACAACUGUGCUGUUUACUUUGUGAUGAGUGAACAUUUAAUGAAUGAUUUGUGCUCAUGUUUCCAAUUAACAAAAUUGAAAGUC